GCAGCGCCCGCCCCGCCGAGGGGCCCGGAUGCGGCCGCGCCGGAAGAGAAGCGCGUCUGCCUAGGGCCCGCCAUCUUGUGCGGCAGCGAGCAGGGCGCGGGGGGCCCCGGUAGCAUCCGCGCAGGAUCCCGCCGACGGGGGCCCAUCAUGCCCGGACACCUGCAGGAGGGCUUCGGGUGCGUCGUCACCAACCGCUUCGACCAGCUCUUCGAUGACGAGUCCGACCCUUUCGAGGUGCUGCGCGCGGCGGAGAGCCGGAGGAAGGAGAGCGGCGGCGGCGGCGGCGGGAGCCAAGCGGGCGGUGGGGCCCGCGGCCCGGCGGGCGCGCAGAGCGGCUCCUCCGGCGGGGCCGGUGGCGCGGGCCAGGCGGGCGGCGGCGCGGGUAGCGCGGCUAAGCAGCUGCGCAGGGAGUCGCAGAAGGAGCGCAAGAACCCGCUGCCGCCCUUCGCCGGCGGGGACCGCCGGGAGGACGGCGGGGGCCAGCCCGGAGCGCCGCUGCGGAAGGAGGGGAUAAGGAGGAUUGGCAGGAGGCCUGAUCAGCAGCAGCAGCAGCAGCAGGGGGAUGGCAAACCCAUCGACCGGAGACCUGAACGACGACCUCCCCGGGAACGCCGCUUCGAGAAACCUGCUGAGGAGAAGGGAGAAGGGGGAGAGUUCUCUGUCGAUAAGCCCAUCAUUGACCGACCCAUGCGUGGACGUGGUGGACUGGGCCGGGGCCGUGGCCGCGGCCGUGGGAUGGGCCGAGGAGAUGGGUUUGACUCCCGUGGCAAACGGGAAUUUGACAGACACAGUGGCAGCGAUAGAUCCGGCCUAAAGCACGAGGACAAGCGCGGUGGCAGCGGCUCACACAACUGGGGAACCGUCAAAGACGAGCUCACUGAAUUGGAUCAGUCAGCUGUAACUGAGGAGACGCCGGAGGGAGAGGAGCAUCCGCCUGCUGAUUCUGAAAAUAAAGAGAAUGAGGUUGAAGAAGUUAAGGAAGAAGGCCCCAAGGAAAUGACCCUGGACGAGUGGAAAGCCAUUCAGAGCAAGGAUCGUGCAAAAGUUGAGUUCAACAUCCGUAAACCAAACGAGGGGGCUGAUGGACAAUGGAAAAAAGGAUUUGUUCUUCACAAGUCAAAGAGCGAGGAGACAAAGGCGAUGACAGAAAUGCAGGGGAGUCUGCUGGAUUCAAAUGAGGCUCAUGCUGAGGACUCUGUAAUGGAUCAUCACUUCCGCAAGCCCGCGAAUGACAUCACAUCCCAGCUGGAGAUCAACUUUGGAGACCUGGGCCGCCCCGGCCGCGGUGGCAGAGGGGGCCGGGGGGGCCGAGGGCGCGGAGGCAGGGCCAGCCGUGGAGGCAGGACUGACAAGUUGGUUAAGGAGUUUGACGUGAUCCACACGCCCAACCAGUCAAGUGCUUCUGCUCCUGACGUAGAUGACCCAGAGGCUUUCCCAGCUCUGUCCUAAACUGGAUGUCAUAAGCCAACCCUGCCCUGGUCGGGCUCUCCUCUCCGAGGCUUGCAUGCUUAAGGAUCCUAAAACAACUAAGAAUCUUAAAAAAACAAAACAAACAAAAAAAAAGAGACUGUCAUUCAUACCAUUCACACCUAAAGACUGAAUUUUAUCUGUUUUGAAAAUGAACUUCUCUCGCUACACAGAAGCAACAAUAUGGUAGUCAGUUUUGUAUUUAGAAAUGUAAUGGUAGCAGGGAUGUUUUCAUAAUUUUUUCAGAGAUUAUGCAUUCUUCAUGGAUACUUUUUUGUAUUGCUGCUUGAAAAUAUGCGUUUCCAAACUUGAAAUAUAGGUGUGAACAGUGUGUACCAGUUAAAAGCUUUCCCUUCAUUUGUGUUCAUUUUUUUAAUUCAGGAUUUUAGACUUUUUUCUCCCAACUCCAAACUGGGUUUUAAGUAUUGCACACUAUUUCCAUUUCCUUAAUUUCUGUUUAGCAGAUUUUUCUCAGCCCAUGGUCUUUUGGAAUAUGUGGAAUACGAAUUUGGCAGACUGUUAGUGCUGUAUGGAAUGAACUCCUGGAGUACUUUAGUUUUAAUGCUUAAUUUCAAACAUGGAAAAUCAGUAAUUUUUCAUCUCUGUUAGGUAGUUUGUUUACAAAAAACCUUUAUACAAAAUUGAUACCAGAUACUUGAAAUCAAGAUCGAAAGCACAUUGGUUUGUAGUUCAAUACCUGUAUUGAUCCAGAAUGAUGUGUGGGUAAUUGGUCUGAAAACCAGGUUUUUAAAAUUAAUGUAUCCCACCUUCACUCACCCUUCUGACCUUUAUUCCCUCCUCCUUCCUUCAACAGAACAAGAUGCUUUGUUGGCAAAAAAAAAAAAAAAAAAA